AUGUCACCGGAAGACGAUGUCACCCUGGCAUCGAACGUGCUCGGCACCAUCGGGACAGUUCUCUGGUGCAUCCAGCUCAUACCACAGAUCUGGUACAAUUGGCGCCGUAAGAACACAGAUGGACUUCCUGCGACAAUGAUGUUUCUCUGGGCAAGCUGUGAGUUUCGUCGCCAUUUCUUCAUUUCAUAUUUCAUGGGGGUUUGA